AUGUCUUCAUUUAACAACAAUAAUAAUAACAAUAAUAACCUUAAUAAUCUUAAUAACCUCAACAACCUCAACAACCUCAACAAUCUUAACAACCUCAACAACCUCAACAACCUUAAUAACCUUAACAUUAAUGGCAACAACAAUCACAAUUGGCGCCAAUCUUUGAAGGAGGGAGAGCGUAGACAAAGUCUUAUGCGUUUCUUAAAAGCUUGGGAAAUUUUUAGUAAUAUUAAAGCAACUUCUGACCAACGUUUAAUAGAAGUAGCCAGGAAGUGGGAAAGUGAAGCUUAUGAUAAUGCUACUUCUAAAGAAGAUUACGAUCGCUUAACCAGACAUCCGUCACUGCAGCAACAAAAUGUUUCUCCUCAACUUGUUCAACAAUCUCCAAAUCCUAAACAAAUACCAAAUCAACAACAGCAGCAGCAACAGCUUAAUAAAAUGGUAAAUAAUACUCCCUCUGGUCAAAAUAAUAAUAACAAUGACAAUGAUGCUACUACGAGCACUGGUAACAUCAAUGAACUUCUAAAAAGAAUAACAUCAAUGAACCAACAAGACUAUGCUGCAAAAGAAAAAACAACUAAAGAAUUUAUUUAG